UUGUUUUUUUUUCCUUGCGCUAGAUUGUUGUGGGCGGGGUGUUUAGCGGUAGGACUUUAGUUCGUGAGAUAGGAGUGUGGGUUGCGAGUCGGAAGUCUGCACUCUUGGGACGUGUCCUGGUUUCCCUGGUCGGUUUCAUGGUGCAGCGGUGAAUGCAGUAGUAGUGGUCUCCACGUCCUGUUCUGUCGGUUAGUUUGUGGAUCGGCGUGUAGCAACUCGAAAUGUCGAUUCCGUGGAUGAGUGUGGGUUGAGUUCAGGUUCUUGUUGGGUGGUGCCUGAUUUUGCAUGCAUGGUUGGGAGUGAUGGAGUUGUGUAGAACUCACAUGUGUUUGAAAAAGAGUCUGGGUUAGCGGGGAUGAGUCGAUCUUUCAUUGAGGCACUGUACUAAUUCAAACAGGGCUUUGAUGCGCUCAGAAUGUGAAAUACUGCUUCAUUUUGGAGCUCGCAGAAGUUACUGGUUAGUGAAGAAUGGUAGUUAGGACGGUGUGGUUCAGAGUACAAUUCGUCACGGUUUCUAUUGAUGAAUGAUCAGACUGGAGGUUGUAAUUUCUUGAGAACGUGAUAUUCUCUGUGUCCUCUCACUCUGCUCUGUUCAGAGGUCGGUUGUGACUGGAGUUCAGGUUAGAAAAAGAGUGAUACUCAGCAGGUCUUGGUGACCUCUGCCCUCAAGUUUAGAAACUUUUGGGAUAUUUCAACUGGUUCGUAUGUCCGAAUAACCUUCUGGUUCUAGCCUUGACAGUGGGGUAUACUGAAUGGGAAGUCAGAUGGAGUUAAUUAGCAUUGGAGAGGCUCAACUGUACCUCGUCAGUGGGAAAGAGAGCGUGCUCAUGCAGAUCGGCACUUUUUCAUUGAAACUGCUGAAGCAAGCGCACUCACCGCUGGCUGCUGUGGUAGCAAGUGUUGGGGAAAUCCAGUGGCCGUUGGGAAAAGACGGACCCGUGAUGAAGGUGUGGGAUCGACGGUAUGCGUUUGCACUCCCUAAGCUGCUGUAUGGAAUGGUCCUCCCUGGUUUUACACCCAUGGGCGUUCUGCAGCAACUGGAAUCCAUCCUAGCCAAGUACAGCAUACUUCGGACGCAUCAUGUGACGGCUAACUUAGAUCAACAUCUGCUGGUAGAGACCGGUGUUAGCGACAAUCUUGGGUUUUGGAUAGCGGUUGCGCCGGAAGUGGAGAUGAUAAGUUCUAAAGUAGUGUCUAAAAUUUAUAGAACUUCCAUUGCAACGGAGAAAAACAUCGGGAUGAAUUCAGAUCGUGCGGCGGUAGGGGUCCAGCAUGGCGCCUCAUUCAUGAAAAGAAAGAGUCCAGACUCGCCUACUGAUGAUGGUAACGGAAGAGUGAGCUCUUGCAUGAUGGGACGCAUGCAAGAAGCACGCCGCAUGUCAGCUGUGGCGAAGCUAAUGUCCAUGACGCUUCUUAAGGGGGCGAUCAGUGCGACGGAACAUGUGUCGAAGAUUCUUGGAUCGGAUAUGAACUCUAAGUCCAGCAGUCCGAUCUAUGGUGUGGCUGUCGCAAGCGUCAACGCAUUCCGGAAAGUUGUUGAAGCUGUGGAAACUGCGGGAAAGUCGCUUUAUGAUAGAACUAAGAAGGAAGGCACCGAUAUUUCUCAGGAAAGAUUUGGUCUUCAAACAGGCCAGGGUCUGCAGGAUGAAUUUGAUUCUCAUGCUAAUGUGACGAACACCACUUGGACUUUAAAUGAGAUGGGUGUGAAAAUGCUCUUGAAAAUGACAUUGGCUUCAACUGUUGCGUACACUCGCUCCAACUCGAGGACGAGCACCACAUCUACUGUCACGAGUACUGGUGAUAAAAAUUUGGGCUCCCCUGAAUCGGUUGGAACUGGAUGGGUUCCGUCGAAAAGUCAGAAACGCGACGCUUCUCACCAUCAACAUAGGACUACUCCCAGUUUGCAGCAAGCGCAUCAGGAAUCUAGCUCCCCACGCAUGCGAAGCGGUCCGCAGUUGCAUACAUCGCAGCUGUUCCCUACCUCAGCUGAGCAGAUGAGAAACCAUGCUGUGGUUGGGUUACCAGCUCCAUCUCCCUUAAUCAUGCCUCGCUCCGGAAAUUGCACAGCGGCGGCUUCAGUCUCACCCAACGCUCACAACAGCUCGUUCCAGCAAUACCAUCGACAUGCGACGCAGGAAGCGCUGCCAACAGUCCGCUUCUUUCAACCUGAAGCGAAUUAUAUUCAGCAGAUGGAGUGAACAAGCAGCUGGUUGAACAUCACCAUUGUUGGAGACGGAGACUUCUCUUUUGAGAGAUUAGUCCAUCUUGCAGCAGGCGGUAAAGAUUGCCGAGCAUUUUUGUUCAGGAGAAUCAGUGAUAUUUUAACCCACCAGAAGCCACCAAAUCGACGAUCCUGCAACAAGAAACGGGUUGAAGCUUCUUUUGUAUAGAUGGAUAGGAAAGGAGAUGAUUGAAAAUCCCUCUUUGCUUGACUCAUGGACUUAGCUUUCAGUGAUGGAUGAGCUCUCUGGUAACAAACAAAGAGGGGAUGCAACAAAGUCUAAGCGGAUUGAAAUCCACGAGGUUUGAUCGAGACGGUGAUUUUGAAUUGGAAUCAAUUUUGCGUAGUUCACUUCAGGUUAGCACAUGGGUACAUUUUAACACUGUACAGAGUCUAGAGUAGGUUGAUUUGAAAUUGCCCUCGAAGAGAAGUUGGCUGGUUAGUGAGGAGAGGGACUAGAUCCUGCGGUGCUGUAGGGGUAAAAUGAUAGUUGGCAUUGCGUUGUUCAUGUGAUUUACUUGUCGUCCAUGACGAAUCUCCUUUUUUAUAUCAUUUAAAACAGAAAAAGAAAAAGAAAUAUGUGCUUUGGUGGA